UCAAAAACCGCUCGACUGAUUUGUCUUAUCUAUUUUAAGAAAGGAAGUUGCGAUUCUCACAGUCGCCGGGGAGCAGAUCCAGAUGAUGAUGCCGAGAUGCUUCGUUUCUCUAAUUCAAGCCUUCUUCUUAUCGCUGGUAUUGCUGCUACAUCAUGUGGGUGGAGAGUCACAAGCAGCCAGCCACCACCACCACCGAGAACUUCAAGCUUACCGUCGUCCGUUGCAAGAUUGUCCUGGAUGUACUACUACUAGUGCUUCCUCACUUCACUACGAUCCAGAUCUCAAAGAUGUGAACAUAGUUGCCACCUACAGUGACCAUCACGGUAAUAUACGCCUUGGUAGUGUCAAAAUGGGUGAUCUUUCAUCUUCUUGGCUUUUCCACCAUCCUCUUCUUCCCCCCAACAACAACAAACCUCCUUCUCAGUUCAUCUACUUAUCUGAUUCCUCCUAGAAGCUAGAAACAUCUUGUUAGAUUUGCUUGCUCAAGAAUUUCUCUCUACCCUGGUUGCUGACUUUUUAUUUAAAAAUAAAAUAAAAAUGGAAUUAGCUAGUGACACCGCGGGAUUCAUUUCAAAAUGAUUCUAGAAUGGAAGAGAGUGCAAGUUAUUCUUCAACUAAUCAGACCGACAACCAUUUUCCACACGUGGAGUUUACAAGCCCUGCAAAACUGAAGCGUCAGAGUUUACGUCAAGAAAGGAGAGCUCAACGGACUCUGGAGCUGAUCCAACAAGAUAAGGAAUCUGAUAAGCAAAUGCAAGAAGCUGCCAUUCACAAGUCAAUGACCUUUGAAAACUCUCUCGUUGGCAAAUACAGUAUAUGGAGGAGAGACUAUGAGAGCCCCAACGCUGAUGCUAUCUUGAAGCUUAUGAGAGACCAGAUCAUUAUGGCUAAAGCUUAUGCCCAUAUCGCCAAAUCCAAAAAUGCAUCCAAUCUCUACCUUUUCUUGACGCAGCAGAGUAGAGAAAAUCAACGUGUUCUGGGAAAAGCAACUUCUGAUGCUGACCUUCCUUCAAGAGCGCUUGAACAAGCAAAAGCCAUGGGCCAUGCUCUCUCUCUUGCAAAAGACGAGUUAUAUGACUGCCAUGAACUUGCAAAGAAGUUUCGGGCCAUGCUUCAAUCCACUGAACGCAAUGUAGAUGGACUAAAGAAAAAGGGCACCUUCUUAAUUCAGCUGGCCGCCAAGACAUUUCCACAGCCAUUGCAUUGCCUGAGUCUGCAGCUAGCGGCAGACUAUUUUCUUCUCGGUUUCAAUGAAGAGGAGGAGGAUGUAGUCAAAAAGGAUGCCAAGUUUGAAGAUCCUUCUCUCUAUCACUAUGCCAUCUUUUCAGAUAACGUCCUGGCAACAUCAGUCGUGGUCAACUCCACUGUCCUGAAUGCCAAGCAACCGGAGAAGCAUGUCUUCCAUAUAGUAACAGACAAAUUGAAUUUUGCUGCAAUGAAGAUGUGGUUUCGCGUCAAUGCUCCUUCUGAUGCCACGAUUCAAGUUGAGAACAUCAAUGAUUUUAAGUGGCUCAACUCCUCUUACUGCUCUGUUCUACGGCAGCUUGAAUCCGCAAGGCUUAAAGAAUACUAUUUCAAAGCAAACCAUCCUUCGUCUAUCUCUGCUGGCGCAGACAAUCUCAAGUACCGAAACCCAAAGUACCUAUCGAUGCUGAAUCAUCUGAGAUUCUACCUACCUGAGGUGUAUCCGAAGCUGGACAAGAUCCUGUUUCUUGACGAUGACAUUGUGGUGCAAAAAGACCUGGCACCUCUAUGGGAAGUAGACAUGCAAGGAAAAGUGAAUGGCGCGGUGGAGACGUGUAAAGAAAGCUUCCACAGAUUUGACAAGUACCUCAACUUCUCUAAUCCAAAGAUCUCAGAGAAUUUCGAUGCGGGGGCUUGCGGGUGGGCGUUUGGCAUGAAUAUGUUUGACCUGAGAGAGUGGAGGAAAAGGAACAUCACUGGGAUAUAUCAUUACUGGCAAGACAUGAAUGAGGAUAGAACGCUGUGGAAGCUGGGUUCGUUGCCACCGGGGUUAAUCACAUUCUACAACCUGACCUAUGCAAUGGAGCGGAGCUGGCACGUGCUGGGGCUAGGCUAUGACCCAGCGCUCAACCAGACAGCUAUAGAGAAUGCAGCGGUUGUGCAUUACAAUGGGAACUACAAGCCAUGGCUGGGUUUGGCGUUUGCCAAGUACAAACCUUACUGGUCCAAGUACGUCGAGUACGAUAACCCUUACCUCCGUCUAUGCAACAUCAAUGAAUGAAUCAAUGAAGAGGUUGGACUUUGGAAGAGUAGAUGAAUGAGGACACAAGACCAUAAUACAUAUUUUUUGUUUUAGUAUACCAUAGGAGCCAAUCAAGAGAGGGCGAGGAUAAAUAAGACCAAUCUAUCUUAUCCAUGUCGUCCGAUUACUGAUUGAUAAGGUUCCUCCCAUCUCAAUUAUUCCAUUACUCUUCGUCUCCGUUUGAAUUGCUGCUACCUUGAAGAUAGAUUAGUUUCUUUUUC